ACACGUGCACGAGCUAAAACAGUACGCAAAUCAACGCGACGCCAGUAACAACAGCAAGUUCCGCUAAACAACAAAUAUAAUCGCAGAAAUGGCCGAGGUUGAAGCCGUGCAAGUUAUUGCAGAAUCAUUGAAGCAACAGGGCGUGGAAUAUGUGUUCGGCAUUAUUGGCAUACCCGUCAUUGAGCUGUCCAUGGCCUUUCAGGCGGCAGGACUUAAAUAUGUUGGCAUGCGUAACGAACAGGCCGCAUGUUAUGCAGCUCAGGCCAUUGGGUACUUGACUGGCAAGCCAGGCGUUUGCCUGGUGGUCUCCGGACCAGGACUUCUGCAUGUGACGGGCGGUAUGGCAAAUGCUCAGGUCAAUUGCUGGCCACUCAUUGUGAUUGGCGGCGCCACCAAUCAGGACCAUGAAGGUAUUGGCGGAUUUCAAGAGUGCCCUCAAGUAGAACUGUCACGCCCGUAUUGCAAGUACGCAGCGCGACCACCCACAGCCGCCUUGAUUCCAUUGCACGUAGAGAAAGCAGUACGAUAUGCCACUUAUGGACGCCCCGGCGUCGCAUAUCUGGACUUUCCCGGGAACAUUUUACAAUCAAAGGCUGUGGAGGAAAAAAUCUACAAAGCUCUGGCGCAUCCUGCCCCGCCUCUGGCCUAUCCACCUCACGACGAUGUUAUACGCGCAGCCCAAUUGCUGCGUCAAGCCAAGCGACCAUUGGUAAUUGUGGGGAAAGGCGCUGCCUAUGCCCAUGCCGAAAACACGUUGCGUCACUUCAUCGAUAACACAAACCUACCAUUCCUUCCCACGCCUAUGGGUAAGGGUGUGGUAGGUGAUUCUGCUCCGCAAUGUGUUAGCGCCGCGCGUACCUUGGCAUUGCAGCAGGCUGAUGUGGUGCUGCUCCUGGGUGCUCGUCUUAACUGGAUUCUGCAUUUCGGACGUGCGCCUCGUUACGACAAGGAUGUUAAGUUUAUUCAAGUUGACAUAUGCCCGGAGGAGCUACAUAAUUCUGUAAUAUCGACUGUAGCCAUACAGGCUGACAUACGUCCCUUCGCAGAGCAAUUGUUCGAACAAAUGAAUGCCGUGAACUUCCGCUUUGGUUACGAGCAAGACUGGUGGAAGAAGUUGGCAGCAAAGUGCAAGCAAAAUCGGGAUGCAGUGCUGCAGAUGUCGUUGAAUACGUCCGCUCCACUGAACUACUAUACUGUCUUCCACCAUCUGCGUGAGCUUUUGCCCCGUGACACAAUUAUUGUGAGCGAGGGUGCUAAUACCAUGGACAUUGGACGAUCGAUGCUUUUGAAUGAGCAACCGCGCCAUCGCCUUGACGCUGGUACCUUUGGAACCAUGGGUGUGGGACCGGGAUUUGCGGUAGCCGCUGCUCUCUAUUGUCGUGACUAUGCACCAGGGAAGCGUGUGCUGUGUGUGGAGGGCGACAGUGCUUUUGGCUUCUCUGGCAUGGAGAUUGAGACGCUUGUAAGGUACAAGCUGCCAGUCACUAUUGUAAUUGUGAACAACAACGGAAUUUACGGUGGCUUCGACAAGGAGACCUUCGAAGCUAUUCGGGUUGACGGCGAUCUAACUCAAGUCACACCUACUUCGGCGCUUGGUGUUCAAGUACGUUACGAACAAAUGAUGAAAAUGUUUGGAUUGGAGGGUUUCUUCUGCACAGAGAUUAGCCAACUGCAGGAGGCCAUAAAGGCGGCAAAUAAACUUACCGAUAGGCCCACUAUCAUAAAUGUGGCUAUCAACCCCUCUUCGGAUCGCAAGGCACAAUCGUUUAAUUGGCUAACAGAGUCGAAACUUUAGAAUCACGCCUAUCUGGUCGCCUGCAAUCUAGGAUUAAGCACAAAGUUCAGCAUUCCUUAAAAUGUAUUGCCACGAAUUUUUUGUACAUACAACUUGCAAUUUUUAUAACUGAA